GGGUACGGCGCGGGCCAGGGUGCGGGGUGGCCGCGGCGGUUCAGAGGGGUGCUUUGGGCUUAGGGUGGUGCGCGGGCAAUGGAGCAGAGAUUGGGAGAACGCGCUCGGGGUAAAGCACACGGCGCGGCGAAGGCGUGGCGGGAGUGUGCGGCGCCGGACCCAGGAAGCUGGCCUGGGCGCCGGGUCUCGAAGACUGGCCUUUGUUCUGAAGUGUCCAGGCCGGCUUUGCGGCGUCGGGACUGAGGAAUGGAGCCCGCCGCGGGGCGGGGCGGGGCAGGGCGGGAAAGGAAGGUUCAAGUCUCUGGGGUUGAUGCGUCCCUAUCGGCCGGACACAGAUUAGAAGCCUUUUAGGUGCUAGAUGGCAGCUGCAGAGGCUGUGCACCACAUACACCUGCAGAACUUCUCACGCUCUCUGCUUGAGACCCUCAAUGGGCAGAGGCUAGGGGGGCACUUCUGCGACGUGACUGUACGCAUUCGUGAAGCUUCACUGCGUGCCCACCGCUGCGUGUUGGCGGCCGGCUCGCCCUUCUUCCAAGACAAGCUGCUGCUCGGCCACUCUGAGAUCCGUGUGCCUCCGGUGGUGCCCGCACAGACGGUGCGACAGCUGGUCGAGUUCCUGUACAGCGGUUCGCUUGUUGUGGCGCAGGGCGAAGCCCUGCAGGUGCUCACAGCCGCGUCGGUACUUCGCAUACAGACAGUUAUCGACGAAUGCACGCAGAUUAUCGCCCGCGCCCGAGCCCCAGGCACCUCUGCGCCCACGCCCCUGCCCACCCCUGUGCCCCCGCCACUCGCACCUGCGCAGCUGCGUCACCGUCUGCGCCACCUGCUGGCUGCGCGCCCUCCGGGGCACCCUGGUGCUGCGCACAGCCGUAAGCAGCGCCAGCCCGCGCGUUUGCAGCUGCCUGCGCCCCCAACACCUGCCAAGGCCGAGGGGCCUGAUGCUGACCCCUCACUGUCCGCGGCCCCUGACGACCGUGGCGAUGAGGAUGACGAGGAAACUGACGAUGAGACCGAUGGCGAGGACGGCGAAGGUGGCGGCCCGGGCGAGGGCCAGGCACCUCCUUCCUUCCCAGACUGUGCUGCCGGCUUCCUCACUGCUGCUGCUGACAGCGCCUGCGAGGAGCCCCCUGCACCCACUGGCCUCACUGACUACAGUGGUGCCGGGAGGGAUUUUCUUCGGGGAGCUGGGGCAGCUGAGGACGUAUUUCCAGACAGCUAUGUAUCCACUUGGCACGACGAGGAUGGCGCUGUCCCCGAAGGCUGUCCCACUGAGACCCCUGUCCAGCCCGACUGCAUACUGGCUGGACCCCGCCCGCCUGGUGUGAAGACCCCAGGGCCACCCGUCGCACUCUUCCCCUUUCACUUGGGUGCCCCCGGGCCACCCGCACCACCCCCUUCAGCACCAUCAGGGCCAGCCCCUGCGCCCCCACCCGCCUUCUACCCCACACUCCAGCCCGAGGCAGCCCCCAGCACUCAGCUGGGGGAGGCCCCGGCUCCCUCUGCUGCUCCCACCACGGCCCCCUCAGGCACCCCUGCUCGCACAGCAGGUGCUGAGCCACCUACCUAUGAGUGCAGCCACUGUCACAAGACGUUCAGCUCCCGGAAAAACUACACCAAGCACAUGUUCAUCCACUCGGGUGAGCCAGGGCGGGAGAGGAGAGGGAGAAUCUCUCAUUGGAGAGUUAAACCUAAGGGGGAAUUCAGCACUAGUUACAGGGCACUGGAACUGUUCUGUUACUUUUGGGUAGCAGGGGGCCUGGAAAUUGAGCCUUCCCCCAAGUGCAAGGUAUGUGGGGGAGGAGAAAGUCCCACUCUGUGGAGCAGCAGGCACUGGCUUCUGUGGAGGGGGGUCCUGAGGCUGGGUUGGGAAGCAGAAGCCUGUCCUGGCCUUUGGAAGGGUGGUGGUGGAAACUUUAGCAGUCUAGGAUGCAUAUGAUGGGCAUGGAGUCUUGGCAGGGGCUCCUGGGCAGGUUGAGAAACUAGGCUCCAGGGAGCCUCCUGUGUCUCUGGUUUCCAGCAGUCCCGCCAUGGCAGUCAGCAAGGGAGGGUGGGUUUACAGGCCCAGGGGUAGAAAGCCCUCAGAGAGGUGGUGCGAUGAAGGAACUCCUGAGACUGGGGCAGGAGUAGGAAAACAUGGGUAUAGUGUGGGGACCCCACAGCUGCAGAGGACCCCGAAAAGCUGUGCGGAGGUUCCCUCGGACCUUGGCCGUGUCAGGGAGGCGGCUCUGCAGUGCUGCAGGAGAGGUAAAGAGUGGGAGGAUGGUACUGAGGAAUGUGAGGAUGCUCCCUGGGGGCUGAGAUGGAGGACAAAGGAAUGGAAAGCAGAAGCCUGCUGGGCAUUGUCAGUAAAAGCAAAAAUUUGGAUGGAAGGCCACAGUGGUAGUGAGGGAGGUUUCUGCAUGGGCUGGAACUUGGGAUUUGACUGUGAGUGGUGGGGAAGCCAUGGUAUUCUAAGCUGGGGAGUGACUGAGAUGUCAGUUUAUAAUCACCUCUGGCUGCCUUGGGGACAACUGGGAGGAGCCAGGGAACUGAGAAUAAGGGAGUUGGGUGAUUAGUCUCCAGGGUGGUGCCAGAGGCCCCAAGGUAGUGCUGGCUGUGUGAAGUGUGUGAUCUGAGUCAGGUGCCUGGGCCCGGUUAGUCUGGGGUACCCCCUGGCAGGCACUGCCUUUCAGUACCCUGCCGCUGAGAGAGGUUUGUUUUUUUUUUUGGAGACCGAGUCUCCCUCUGUUGCCCAGGCUGUAGUGCAGUGGUGCG